AUGGGAACAUUCAUUAAAACACAAUUGUCACAAUUAGAUCGAAUCUUACAAUUGGAAAAAGAACAAGAAGACCCAAGUAUAAGAAUGGGAAUAAGACAAUUGAAACAACGAUUAGAAAGCAUGGAAACAAAUUAUAAAUAUGUUUCCCAAUUAACAAAACAACAAACUAAUGAACAUAUCCAGGAGAUUGAAAAAGUCACAAAUAGAAAAAUAGCAGAAGCCGAAACAGCAGAAGACAAAAAGGCUUAUCUAUAUAAAACAAUAUCUGCAUUAACAGAAACUAAAGAUGCUAUUCUCUGGAAAAAGAGAGACCUAGUAAAAGACUUAGAAGAAGAAUAUGG